AUGGCCGUCUUCCCCCGCAACAACGCGCUCUACACCAAUCCCCCGGGAGCCAGCGAGCAGCUCUCAACCCAAGGCUCCUCCUGGCUCUUUGCCGUGACCGCCAUCUUUGGUGUUGCUCUUCUUAUCAACCUAACCCUAACGGCCCUCUCUACCUCAAGCAAACGCCACAUCCACCACCUCCUCACCCCCACCCUCUUCACCGCCCUCCUAACCUACUACGCCUCCGCCUCCGACCUCGCCUGGUCCCCGAUCGUCCAAUCCACCGCCCUCUCCCACAGCGUGGGACCCACCCGUCAAAUCUUCUGGGCCAAAUACAUCCUCUGGUCCGUCGCUUUCCCGACAAUUACCGCCCUGCUGGGGCUGGUGGGCAGGGUUCCGUGGAGCACCGUGGGGUAUCAGGUCGUGCUGGCGUGGGUGUGGGUGUUGAGUUUGUUGGUGGCGGGGUUUACGGGGAGUUUGUAUAAGUGGGGUUUUUUUGGGUUUGGGCUUGUGGCGGAGGGGGUUUUGGCUUGGGGGACGCUUUUCCCUUCUCCUGCUCCUGGAAACACUAGCGGCGGGGUACGUCGCGGGGAGUAUCUGGCCCUAGCGGGCGCGGUGAAUUUCCUGUGGGUGCUGUACCCGCUGGCGUGGGGUUUGACGGAUGGCGGGAACUAUCUGGGUGUGACGCCGGGGUUUAUUUGGUUUGGGAUUUUGGAUUUGUUGUUGAUUGUUGGGGUUGGGUUUGCGGUGGUUGGGUUGGCGGGGAAGUGGGAUGAUAAGGCUUUGGGGUUUGCGUCGACGCCGCAGCAGCAGCAGCAGACUGGGAUUUUGGAAAAGGAGACUGGAGGGCCGGUGAAUGGGGGUGAGGCUUCUGUGUAG